AGAGCUGAGAAGCGGAAAAAUGGCGCCGUCGUGAGCGUGAGCCCGUGUCGCCGAGAAAGACGCCCCUGCUGGAGCCAGAGCCCCCGAAGGCACGGGAACCAGACGUGUAACUGAGUAGAGGAUGGGAUCCCAGCCUGAUUCUAGCCACGUCUUGCACCAGGAGGAACCAUCCAGGCCCAGCUCGGACACACUGACCACUGUAGAAUCCAGCUCCAGUGAGCCAGACAAGGAGGUGGUGGCAUCUCCAGAUGCAGCAGCUACAACCACUUUUUCCUCCAUGGAGGAACCCGGUCCUAACCCAACAGCCACGCCACCAGUGUGGGACCGUGGAGGACCUCUGCAGCAAGUUGCCUAUCCAGCCUCAGACAGCUGCCAGACUGGCUCAACCAACACAGGCGUGGGGACCAGUGAGGACCUUCGGUUGCCCAGACGACGUCCACCACCAGGGAAACAGAUACCCUGCUCUAGCCCUGGCUGCUGCCUCAGUUUCCCCAGUGUUCGUGAUCUAGCGCAGCAUCUCCGUACCCACUGCCCACCCACACAGUCACUGGAAGGCAAACUCUUCCGAUGCUCAGCGCUGAGCUGCACUGAGAGUUUCCCCAGCAUGCAGGAGCUGGUAGCCCACGGCAAGCUGCAUUACAAGCCCAAUCGCUACUUCAAGUGUGAAAAUUGCCUCCUGCGCUUCCGCACUCACCGUUCGCUCUUCAAGCAUCUGCAUGUUUGUAUAGACCAUGGUCAGAACCCAGCCCCGCCACCACCCCCUGCCCUGGACAAAGAGCCACCUUUACCCGAGCGUCCCCCAGAGUCCGACCCUUCAUCUUCCCUCGGCCUACCAUUCCCACUACUUGAGCCUUUCACCUCUGCCCCCGCUGGGCCCUUCCUUCCGUAUUUGAACCCUGCACCCUUUGGCCUAAGUCCCCCUCGACUGCGCCCAUUCCUGGCUGCCACUGCAGGGCCACCAGCAUCCAGUCCUGCCAUCUGGAAGAAGAGUCACGGUGCUACUAGUAGUCCCAGAAGACCUCAGGGCGGCUCCGAUGCACCCUCAGGUGCGUGCAGGUGACCACCAGGGCAGGGUGGAUGGGGCCUUCAUUCCUGUGCCCUGUACAUGCCUUGUGAAUGCUGGAAAGUGUCUGUCCCUUAAAAAUACAUGAUUUUUACCUUUAAAAAGA